AUGAGUAACGAGAGCAAGACUGGGGGGAACCUCUUGGGGAAGAUUCUUCUCCCAGGAUACACUGAUGCUGGCUCAGACGCAAGCUUUAAACCAGUUCAGGUUACAUCUGUGGCUUCAGCUUCUGCACAGCCGGACGAUGAUGACGAUAUGAUGUCAGAAGCGGCGACUGAAAUUUUUGACAAUCGUUCAAACAGUCAAAACCCAAGGCUGCCUCGGCGUGAACAACCCAAAGAGAUGCAACCAAAGAAACAGCAGCAGGACAUCCCACAUCCUUCCCCGAGAAGAGGUGGCGAAAACAAUUAUGCUUUUUUUCCAUCGACAAAACCUAUGCCAAGUCCUCGACCUCAUUCCCCUCCGAGUGUAACACGCCGCCAAGUAUCCGGAUCCAGCGUGGCAGGGACGUCCACGGUGCCUGAAACAGGUGCCUUCUCCGGGGAGGAGUUGGAGCGACGAGAAAGGAUACAUAAUUCAAUGAAAAUGGGAAGAGUGUCCUUUGAGACAGGAGGUCAGGUCGUGACACUUUCCGCGAAAGCGCUUCAAGCAAUGGAUGAAAAGCAAACGACAAGUAGCUCUGAAGAUGCAUCAUGGGAAGCAAAGCAACGGACUUCACUAAUCGAAAACGAUGAUGCAAAUUCAUGCGUAUCGUCAACAGCGUCAGAAAUGGGGACAGUGAUCAAUAUUGGUAGCGAUCGUUUUGCUGAGAUUGAAGCGAUGGCUGACAUGGUGGAAGCAAACGCAGAUGUAUUUGAAAUGCAAGAAAAACAAAUGCAACAAGAAUAUAUGCGACGUCCAGGGGAAAAAGAGAUUCUAUCCCUUCCGAUACUGGAAGGGCGAUCGUUCGAGGAACCUGCUCUACGUCCAAUGCAAUCUAAAAGUUUCUCGGAGGCGGAAAGGGGUCAAGACUUGGGGUUGAGAAUGAAGACAACAGCAAACGAUAACGUUACCACCACUCCCUCUAUCAAUCAUCAAAAUCAUACGAACAAUCCAACUACAUCCGCCAUGGUAUCGGCAGCGAUUCGAAGGAUUGGAACGGGCAUGUCAGGCAAGAGCAUGUCAGGCAAAAGCAUGUCUGCACCUAGCACGCCAAAAGGAUCUGGUAUGCUUCCAAAAGUUGAAGAUCUUUUGAAGUCAACGCUGACGCCAGGAAGAAGUACACGAGAGUCUAGUUUCAAGACCAGUUCAGCCUCGCAAGGCCUCUUACGAUCACCGGGUGGCAACUCAAUGUUCGCAGAAAGACCUGUGUCUCUGACACCUCGAUUUAACAGAACGCCACGAAACGAGCAAGAUCCACAUCUGAGGAAACCACCGAUCAGUCCAAGCAUAAUGCUACCAGGAUUGCAAUUCGCUCGAAAAUGUUUCUCCCAUGACACUACAUUCGACGAGUAUCCUUUCCCGGUUGCAGAAGACGGGGAUGAUCCAGAGUCCUUUGGGUUUGAUGUUCCAAGAUCACGAGGGGACCGUUAUAACUUGAGAUAUCGACCCCUUCAGCAGUCACAGAGUUGGGAUGUCGCGCAUGGAAAACAUCAGGAGGCUGCCUUUCGAGCGAGGCAUCAUGCAUUUGGAACCUUUAAGCGAACUGCUAGCCACGAUGAUCACUCUGAACUUAGACAGAGAUUGAAUUCUGACAACUUUUCGCCAAGGAAAUUCAGUAGGACUCCAGCAAUCGAGCUGCAAACAUCCCAGAGAAUAGAAACUGAACGCGAGGAUGCAUUGGAUAUUCUGGCAUGCUUAGUCGAGCGAGCAGUCGAACAGGAGGAGGAAAGAAGCGAUUCAAGCUCGAAUGAUCAAGAUACUGCGAUUGCAAAGUUGUCAGAAGCCCUCAAGGUUGCCAAAAAAGGAUCAAUGAAAUCAGAAGGGGCAAAGGAUGAUGGAGAAUCAAAGAUUGAUGAAGAAACAAAGACAUGUGAAGAGGGCAUGUCAAUACAACCCAACGUGCUCGACUUCUUACUGAAAUCGCAUUCAUAUGCCUCGGAAAUGAUGCAAGCUACGAAAUCCGCUUCAUCUUGGCUCCAUUCCAUUGGUCGAGGAACAAGUCAUCCAGCUGUUAUUAUGGAGAGCAAGGAAGAGGACGGAGAAACGACAUCUGGGGAAGAGAAAAGCGAGGAAGACGAGAGUAGCGUUAACGAAGGAUCUCUCCGGCUCCAAAUUUCUACCAUCAAAGCUAUGCUUCACAGUGCAAAGGCUGAACUCAAGGCAAAGUCUGAAACGAAUGAGAAGCUUGACGCCGAGUUGUCAAAGUGUAGAGCUGAAAUAGGCAGACUGAAGACCGCCUCGAGAUCUGAACCGCUACAUUUGACUGCAAACAAAUCCAUCCUUGACAUCAGUGGCAAUGACGAUACGGGUACUAAUGAAACCCCGUCCGCAUCACCAGAAAAAAAAGGAAAGCCUGAGGCAACGCUCGAGAAGCUUGAUGAGAGCAAAAUUCUUGACGAUUCUUUCAAUCCAGACAACUCUGUCAUGCAUGGCACUCUUUUGCAAGGAAAAGCCUUCAACGAAAGUGUUAUUGACAUGGAUCAACUGAAUUCAGCAGCCAUGAGUGAAGCCCUCAAUCAAGCAAACGAAACCAUUCGACGUUUGCAUAGUGAACUCAAGGAGGCCAAGAAGAUUGAUGAUGAAAAAGAUCCCCCAACUGUCACCUUUCCCGAGAACACAGGUUCCAAGCUGCCAGAAGAGAAGAAGUCCGCAUCAGAUUCGAUGUCUAGUGAUCUCCAAACUAUCAAUGUAAGGAUGUUGGAUGGUGAAAACUUUGUUACAGAGUGGACCGAUUUGACUCCUCCGCUCCCACCUCCUCCCGACCAUGGGUUGCGGUCUCCAAUUGUCAACGUAGUAUUGGAGCAGUGGACAACGGAUCGCGGAUUGCAUGAUUCGUUAUUGGCUUGGAUCGAUCGUGUGAUGACGGGGAUAGACUUGGAAUCUUCAGUUCCACCACUGACGAUCUCCAGCCUAGAUCACCAAGUCCGCGAUGGCUUUGUGAUGCAUGUUCUCCCAUUGCUGUUGCGGCGAGCCGAUAUUCACGUGGAUGUCCAAACUAGAGCCCAUCGUCGUACGUCCUAUGAUAUGUCGGUAACAGUCACACAAAAGGGACCUCAGGAGCAAAUUGACUUCCAAUAUCCAAAACCCACCCACGCUCUAUUGGAUCAACAGCAUCACGUCGAUGAAUGGGCUGAGAACUUUGAUCCGCAAAUAGACAACAAGAGUGUUGCCCAUAGUGCAGUCACCGAACACAUGAGCAAUUCGAAUUCAAACCUGUAUUACUCAGGAACCUACAAAACUUCCCACCCAACAAUUGCCGAGUAUAGCUCCUUAGCUGAAAUGGUCCCACUUUCAGAGAGCCAAGAGAUGGAUCAAUCCGCAAAACCAGAGGCUGGUAUCAUGAGCGCACUGGGAGGGGCAUUGGGUGGCUUCUUGUCACGGCGGAAGGGAAACAGCAGUGGAAGCCCGUCUCUUGAUGGUGAAGCAUCGAUUCAACGUGCUGCUUCAUUUGAGGAGGCUGAAGAACCUUAUCACAGAGUUGUUUCAGCACCACCUGGGCGCAUCGGUGUCACUUUCGUUGAAUAUCGUGGUCACGCCAUGGUAAGCGAUGUGUCUCCCGAUAGUCCAUUGUCGAGUUGGAUCUACCCAUCGGAUAUUUUGAUUGCUAUUGACGAUACUCCCGUCAGUGGAAUGCGUGUUCGAGAUAUUGUGAAAGUGUUGACAAAUCGACGAGACCAGCAACGAGCCCUACGAGUCAUUAGUAGUCAUGCGAUGAAUGAGUUCACCAUGAAUCAGAGUGCGAUGAACACUGAACCAACGUGA